UUUAAUUCCAUUUACCUGAAACUCCUGUGGAUGUUUGGCGUGCCUUGCAGAGUGCUGGAGUAUCCUGGAGGAUGGUGGUGCCCGGGAAUUCCCCGCUGAUCCAGCAGGACCCGGCUCUGGAGCCGGCCCUGGGCAGAGACGCCGCGGAGCACUCGGCCAUGGGCACGGAGCCCCCCCAGGACGUGGGCCCCGAGGUGCUGAAGCUGCGGGAGCUGGUCAGGAGGCUGGAGCUGGACAGCCAGCACAGCAGGAGCAGGAGCCUGCUGGGGACAAACGUGCCAGGGGACAUCCGUGCCGGCGUGGAGAGCCACGAGCCCGGCCUCAAGGGCGUGGAGAUCAACAGCAGCAUCAAGGCCAUGGCUGAGCAGCAGGAGCUGCAGCUGAUGGCGGAUCUGCACAGCCAGCUCAGCAAAAUGAGGCAGGAGGAAGGAGAGAACAACUUCAGGAGAGCCCUGGAUGCACCAGUGCAGUACAGCUGCAAGAGUGGCCCCGAGGAGGUGGCACCCAACGGGGAGCAGAGCCACAGCAAUGGGUGCUGUCCCUCACCCGGGCAUCCCAGUGCCAGCUCCGAGCUGCUGGGCAGCCUGCUCAUGGCUGGCAUCCACGAACAGAACCCCAGGGAGAAGGGGGCAGAUCUCCAGGGCCUUCCCAGCCACGCAGGUCUGGAUGAAGUGAAAGUGUUGGAGCUGGAGAAUUGCCCCGAAGAGGAGGAUUGCUGGCUCUAUGUGUCUCCAAGGAAAUCCAUGGAUGAGAAAACUGCCUCUCCUCUGAAAUGGUGCAGGCAGGUUCUGGACAACCCCAGCCCUGAGAUUGAGGCUGCCUGCAGAACCCUCAUCAACAGGCUGGACCAAGCCAGUAGAUGGAAAAACCUGUAUUGCAGCCCCCUGGCGUCUCCCAGUGCACAUAACCUGAAUGCCGAGGCAGGCUCCUGUAGCAAUGCACUAAACUCUCCUGGGCACCUCAAAUCGACUAACAAAGCACUACUAACCUGUGGCAGCUCAGGUUACCUGAGCAUGCACUCGGCCCUGAGCUCCCAGUCGUCGGUGGACAGCGAGCUGAGCACCUCGGACGACUCCAUCUCCAUGGGCUACAAACUGCAGGACCUCACUGAUGUGCAGGUCAUGGCACGGCUGCAGGAGGAGAGUCUGCGGCAGGACUGCGCCUCCAGCUCCGCCUCCGUGUCCCGGCGCAGCUCCAGCGCCUCGCUGCACUCCCUGCGCCGCGGCACCUACAGCGACCAGGAGUUCGACACCUACAGCCUGGAGGAUGAGGAGGAGUGUGACUGCUCGCUGUCGCUGCGCAGCGCCCACCGCUACUCGCCCUCCCCGCUCAGCUCCCCGCGCUGCCAGUCGCCCUCGGCCGGCACCGAGCUGGGCAGGGCGGCGGCGUCCAGGCUGCGAGCCCCGCGCAGGGCGGGGCAGAGCCCCAUGCAGGAGCGCCUCAAGUACAACGGCAGCGAAGAGGAGCUGAGGCACAGCAUGCCCAACCUGGCCCGUAGCAGCCUGCGUGCCCUGGACGCCGUGCGCGGCAGCCGCAGCCUCGAGUCCGACCUGCAGGUGCCCGGCAGCCGCAUCCCCAGGACUCAGCAGCGGUCAGCAGGUCUGACUCCCAGCAAGCUCAGGUAUUCCUCGGGGGCAGCGCAGUCGCCGCUCACGGCUCGCCAGCCCUGCAAGGCUCCGGGAGCCACGUCUCUGCUGCCGGGCAGGCAGGUGGGCAAACCCUGCAGCUACACAGCCCCUGCAGCCCCGGCCCGCAAGGCACAGCUGCACACGGGCUCCCCCGGCAGCGGCUGCGCGUCCCGGAGCAGCAGCGCCGUCACGGUGGCCAAGGGCUCUGCCCCCAAGGCACGGCCGGCCGUGGCAGGAGUGGCCGUGCCCAAGGGAAAGGCGACGCCCCCGUCCAGGAGGUUCCUCCAGGCAGCACAGACCCCCCAGGCCCCCGAGGAUGACUCCUGGAAGGAUGGAUGCUACUGAGAGCCCAGAAAACUCCUGUGUGGAGCAGAUCCCAGCUGGCUGGGCACGACCUCCCUGGGAAAGGCCCCGAGCCCCUGUCCCUGCAGACUCUGUACAUAUCCCAGCCCUCACUCCGUGCUCCCACAGCACCCACCUCCCUCUGCUCUGCCAGGAGCUGGGGCUGGGACACAGCUCCCACCCCUCACUGAACCCUGAGUCUUCCCUGAAGACUGGAAAAGCCUUAUUUGAUCCCAGCCCAGCUGCAGCCCUGGGGAAGGAAAGAAGGAAGGAAGGUGUGCCCCGUGCCCUCCCAGGGUGCUGCAGAGCUGGGGGUGUCCUCUCUGUGCCACAACUCUGAGCUGGUGCUGGGGCAGAGCUCGUGGAGAGUAGAAAUAGUGACAUAGGUGUUAGAUUUGAGACUUUUUAAACCCAACCUGAUGUACUCUAAUAUUUGUCUGGAAUUCAACUGGGUUUGUUUUUUCUUUUUUGUUUGUUUGUUUUUUUGUUUUUUUUUUACUUUGUAUAGAAUGUAUUUCUGCUACUUUUUAUUGUUUGGUCUAGAGCUGCAGCAGGUUUUUAUAACUGUAGAACACUCUGUUGUAUCCAGGUGUCAGCACAGGUCACGAGGAGCAGUACACAAUAUUUGUGUGGGGUGGGAACAGGCAGGGACAGGGAUGCCAGUUAAAAACUGCUGGGCACCAGCACCUUCUUACCUCAGCUGAGUGAAUUCACCACCACUUCAGAGUGAACUUUUUAAAAAUCACCUUCCCUCACAGCUUUGUCUUGAAGUGUUGGAGCUCUCAGCUGGUUCCCAACUGCCCUGACUUUUGUAGAAGUUUUCUACUGUCUCUUAAGGAUUCUGUUCCAGUGUCCUUUUCCUCAGCAAGUGCUGGAUGCUACAAAUACAGUCUUAGUCCAGGAAAUAUGCACUGAUAGCAAUGUUCUCCCUGCCAUCAAUGUGACUUUGAUAGUGUAGUUUAAUAAAAUGUUAUGGUGCUGAAACAACAGAUCUGCUUUAUUC